UUUUUUGUCUUUUCCUCAUGGUCGCCAUGGUCUGCGGCGCUCAAAGCGCCAACGAGCCUAGCAACAUGUCAUUUGUGAAAGCGACCGUCGACAAACUGCUGAAGGGGUAUGACAUUCGUCUGAGGCCUGAUUUUGGAGGUGCCCCUGUGGACGUUGGCAUGAGCAUAGAUAUCGCCAGUAUCGACAUGGUUUCGGAAGUCAACAUGGAUUACACCAUCACUAUGUACUUCCAGCAGUCCUGGAGGGACAAACGCUUGUCCUACACAGGGAUUCCCCUCAACCUGACACUGGACAACAGGGUGGCAGACUCGCUCUGGGUCCCUGACACCUACUUCAUCAACGAUAAGAAGUCCUUUGUGCACGGGGUUACAGUGAAGAACAGAAUGAUCCGACUCCAUCCUGACGGAACUGUGCUCUACGGCCUCAGGAUCACCACUACUGCAGCUUGCAUGAUGGACUUGCGUAGAUACCCACUGGAUGAGCAGAACUGCACCCUGGAGAUCGAGAGCUAUGGGUACACCACUGAUGACAUCGAGUUCUACUGGAAAGGUGAUAAUUCAGUGACUGGGGUGGAGAACAUCGAACUGCCCCAAUUCUCUAUUAUAGACUACCACAUCCAAUCCACAAAAGCAGUGUUUGCUACAGGCUCCUACCCGAGGCUCUCUCUGAGUUUUAAGCUGAAGAGGAACAUUGGCUACUUCAUCCUACAGACCUACAUGCCCUCGACCCUGAUCACCAUCCUAUCCUGGGUCUCCUUCUGGAUCAACUAUGACGCGUCUGCGGCCAGAGUCGCUUUAGGCAUAACCACUGUGCUGACCAUGACCACCAUCAACACUCACUUGAGAGAGACUUUACCCAAAAUCCCCUACGUCAAGGCUAUAGACAUCUACCUGAUGGGCUGCUUCGUGUUUGUCUUCCUCGCCCUGCUGGAGUACGCCUUUGUCAACUACAUCUUCUUCGGACGGGGGCCUCACUUGCAGAAAAAGGUGGCAGAGAAAGCAGCUCAAACCAAUAACGAAAAUAAGAGCCGAUUGGAGAGUAACAAAGUGGACGCCCACGGCAAUAUCCUCCUGACCAAUCUGGAGAUCCGUAACGAGAUGGGCGGGAUGGGUGGCAUGGCCGGGAUGACCGGGGCUGAAAUGAUAGGGGCUCUCAACGACCCGCGGGCCACCAUGUUCUCCUACGACAGCGCCAGCAUACAGUACCGUAAGCCCAUGGCCAGCCGAGACCUGUACGGUCGACCAGCCCUCGACCGGCCAGUCGGCCACAAGAAGAGUCGUUUGAGGAGGAGGGCAUCGCAGCUCAAAGUCAAGAUCCCUGACCUGACGGACGUCAACGCCAUAGACAAGUGGUCCCGUGUCAUCUUCCCUAUCGCCUUCACCUUCUUCAACCUGGUCUACUGGCUGUACUACGUCCACUAG